AUGGCAGACGGAGGAGUGGAGCUGACCGAUGCCGUGUUGCGCUCCUUCAGCGUCGCUCGCAACUUUGCCCCGCAGGAGGAUGAAGAUCCGAACGUUCAGAUCACGUCGCUGGACUUCCACCGCAACGGCGAGCGGUGCGUCACGAGUCGCAGAGAUGGUGUUAUGUCCAUGAUUAACUGCUUGAGUGGAACUGUUGCCAAGACGAUCUUGACGAAGCGAUACGGCGUAGGCAUUGUGAGGUUUACCCAUCACCUGGACUGUGUGAUCUUCUCAUCGGCUAACACUGCGAAUGAUCACCGCAUUCGGUAUCAUUCGUUCUUCGACAACAAGUUUCUUCGCUACUACACUGGCCACACCGAUAGGGUCACGUCGCUGAUGAUGCACCCCACUGCAGACCAAUUCCUCUCCGCUGGAAUGGACGGUACGAUUCGACUCUGGGAUAUCCGCAAUUCAGAUACAACGGCUAUCAUUCGAACCGACCACUCGCCAGUCUCGCACGUUUGCGCUGCGUAUGACCAGGAGGGCGUGGUGUUCGGUGUGUACACUGGUGACCACCUAAUUCGCAUGUAUGACGCGCGAAACUAUCAGGAAGGACCAUUUGCCAAAUUCUCGCUGUACGACGCGUCAAUUAUGGCAGGAGUGGAGCCGUUCCUCGCACACAUACAGGCUCCGAGUUUGAGCACGAAGAAGCUUCAUGCUCUUGACCUCAAGUUCAGUCCCGAUGGAAACCAGUUGCUUGUUACGACGAAUCGCGGAGUGUUUCUUCACCUGGAUGCGUUUGAGGGCAAGCUUCUGCAUCUUUUCAAGGAACACGGAUUGACGCUGAGUCAGCGUGGCGACCCUCAACUUGGUUGUUGCUAUUCAGCUGAUGGUGCCUAUGUGGUCACCGGGGCGGAAGAUGGUCGAGUGUUUUUCUAUAAGAGCGCAGCUGGUCAGUACGUGCAUUCUUUCCCUCAAGGUCACAAUGGUCCCGUGCUGGACUUGCAGUGGAAUCCAAAACGUCACCUACUAGCGAGUGCUGGAGGCAACUCUUCCGUGUUAUGGUCAGCGACUGGAAUCUGA